GAGGUGCCCAGCUCUCAGAAAGAGGGGAUCCGUUUCCUCAACAAGCUGGAGAAGAAGAAAGCUUUGUCUUCCUACCAGGAUUACGAAAGUGCCAAUUUGGCAUGGCGAACCGCCGGCCAGGAGGUUAAGGCCAAGACUUCUUUGCAUGUGGCAAUUAAGAUGGAGAAGGAGCAGGGCUAUGGCAGCUCGAAGGCUGCAGCGGCAGCCCAA